AUGGAGAACCUCCCUGAAUUUCUAGCACUCGAAAUACUGAGUCGACUUGACGACUCAGAAACGGUGGCUUGCUGCCGUAUGGUGAGUAAGACUUUCAAUUCUGUAUUUCCAGGCCUUCAAUUUAUAAACCUGCAGUGGCGAUUGAAAUGGUACCUGGAAUCAAGGUCCAGAGUUUCGAGUUCUUCAAGUUCUUCCCGAUUUACUCCCUCUCUCAAGAGAGUUUUUAUGAAUCUUGUAUCAAACUUAAGUGCACUGGAAUCGGUGCGUAUUGGCGUCGAGAAUCCACCUCUAGAUGUGUUGAACGCUGACGUUGAAGAUGAUGGCGAUGAUCUGCACAUCACCGAUGAGGGCUUCGUUAAGGAGUGGCUCCCUAGGGUUUCCGGAGCUUUGAAAUUGCUUUCACUAUCAAAUUUUUGGGUUCAGUCGAGUAGGCGUCGAUCAGAAGUCUUGUCACUGAUCUCUGUGCACUGUCAAAAUCUUAUUGAAUUUGAGCUGAAGAACGCAUGGCUAUCAGGACAAAACAUGAGUGCCAUGCCGAUGCUUACAAGUUUAACACUUGAACUCAUAAGAUUAGAUGACAAAAAUCUAACCGAGUUAAAUACAUGUUUCCCAAAUCUUCAAGUUCUUAACUUGAUAGAUGUUAGAGGUCUCAAAAUGCCGAUGAUCCACCUCCUCAACCUGAAAACCUGCCAUUGGAUUGUAACAGAUUCACCAUCAUAUAUAUGUAUAAUCGCACCCAAUCUCCUCACACUCAGACUCGAGUGUAGAAUUCCUGCUGCCCUUUAUAUUGAAGCUCCUGUGUGUUCCCACUUGAAUCUUGCACUUGAUCACUUGAACGCGUUUGCAGUCAAAAGAUUUAAGAACUUGAAAACUAUACAAUUCGAGUGUUCAAACAUUCGCUCCUUAAUUCGUAAGUUUCAUCAUUUAGAAACAGUAGAAACAGUGACCUUAGAUAUAAGAGCAGGUGGAAAUUCCAAAUUUUACCUAGAGGUUUUAUUCUGUACUUUCCCGAACAUAACUUCUUUGUGUUUUAAACCAAGGGUCUGGUUAGAAUUUGAGGUGUGGUGUGGCGACAAUGGGCUUAAAGGUGUGAAAAGAUUUUGUGGGUAUUUUUCAGUGAUUGAUCCUUUGAUGACUUUCGCCUUGGUUGAUUGCGUGUUAGAAGAAUGCUUCAACUGUGUAGAAAUCUCUUUACUCAUCCACCGUGGUGUUCCUUCUAAUGUAUCAAAACAUUUCAUCACUAAGUGCAUGGCUCAGUGGCCUGAUCUGAAGUGGGGAUGGGGGAUUUGGGAGGAAGGAAGGGAAGAUUCUUGGAUCCCUGAAGAGCAAUUACCUAAAACUCUUGUGGAGGAAGGAUCAGAUUCCAUAUGA